UCUCUGUAAAAAAGCUACUUUAGUAGCGCGCAGAAGUUGCUCUCGCUCGCAGUGAUUUCCCCUUAAAAAAAACAAAACCCCAAAGGGGUCCACGUGAGCCCUGGAGCCCGUCUCGCUCUUAUUGGGGGGUGUUGAGUGAGUGAACCGUGAGUCAGGAAGAUGAAGACACUCCACAGUUGGUGACGUCGGGCGGUGGUUUCCUUUAUUUCGCAGGUCGAAUCCGUUAAAACUCGGUUGUCUCAAAGACUUUUGAGAUGCGCACGCCGUCACACUCGCGCUGUGAAACUCUCUGAAAAAAAAAAAAGGACAUACAUAUCUAUUUUUAUUGUUGUAUUUAUUUGUUCUACUCGAGUGCACAACAGAAAAACAAUGUUGGAAAAGUUGUCGCGGUAUUUGCCCGCGGAGGGUGAACUUUUCUCCGGAAAGAGUCGGUGGACUUCGGCCGCGGUCGCCGUGGUCCUCCUGGGGCUGUUGGCCUCGUCUUGGGCGGAAGAAGCGUCCUGUCACGGAGCCUACGACCUCUACUUCGUCCUGGACAAGUCCGGGAGCGUCUCGUCCAACUGGGUCGAGAUUUACUCGUUUGUGAAGAACCUCACCGACAGAUUUGUGAGCCCCAGAAUGAGAGUGUCGAUCGUGGUGUUCUCGGGCCAGGCCAAAGUCCUGCUGCCUCUGACUGGAGACCGGUCUGAGAUAGAAGAGGGUCUGCAGCGUUUACGGGAAGUGAAACCAGCCGGAGAGACGUACAUGCACGAGGGAAUAAAAGAGGCCUCUGUUCAGAUCCAGAAGCAGACCACCACGACCUCCAGCAUCAUCCUGGCGUUGACUGACGGGAAGCUCGAGGUUUACGUCCACGAGCUCACGGUGAAGGAGGCUGACGAGGCGAGGCGAUUCGGCGCCCGUGUUUACUGCGUGGGCAUCAAGGACUUCGACGAGCAGCAGCUCGCCGAGAUCGCCGACACCAAGGACCAAGUGUUUCCUGUCAAAGAUGGCUUCCACGCGCUCAAGGGCAUCGUCAACUCCAUAUUAAAGCGAUCGUGCACAGAGAUCCUGAGUGUGGAGCCCUCCAGUGUCUGUGUGAACGAGUCCUUCGACAUCGUCCUCCGAGGGAACGGCUUCGCCCUCGGCCGCAGCAACGAAGGCGUCGUCUGCAGCUUCAUCGUCGACCAGCAGACCUUCAAUCACCAGCCGAGCGUCGUGCGUAACGACUACAUGCUGUGUCCGGCGCGGCUCUCCCAAGUGGGACAGACGAUGGACGUUCUCAUCAGCCUGAACCACGGCAAGUCCUUCAUCUCCAGCGCCUUCACCAUCAGCGCCUCCACCUGCUCGGACGGUCUGGUGGUGGCCGUCGUCUUCCUGGUGCUGCUGGUCCUCGUGGCUCUGGCCCUCGCCUGGUGGUUCUGGCCCCUUUGCUGCACACUGGUCAUCAAAGACCCGCCGCCGCCUCCUCCACCUUCCCGUCCGCCGCCACCUGAGCCGGAGCCGCUGUCCAAGAUGAAGUGGCCGACCGUGGACGCCUCCUACUACGGAGGACGAGGCGCAGGAGGGAUCAGCCGCAUGGAGGUGCGAUGGGGCGAGAAGGGCUCGACCGAGGAGGGGGCCCGGCUGGAGAAAGCCAAGAACGCCAUCGUGUCCCUACCGGAGGACGCCGAGGAGCCGAUAAUCAAGCGUCCCACGCCGAAGGCCGUCGCCCCCGACAACCGGAACCAGAACAAGUGGUACACCCCCAUCAAGGGUCGUCUGGACGCUGUGUGGGCUCUGCUCAGGCGGCAGUAUGACCGCGUUUCCAUCAUGAGGCCCACAAAUGCAGAAAAGGGUCGGUGUAUGAACUUCAACCGGGUGCAGCAUCAGUAGAAGAAGACGGCGUGAGGAGCAACAUGUGUGACCAAGAGAAGGAUGUCAGGUUGUUGUUGUUGUUGUUGUUGUUGUUGUUGUUGUU